CUCAGUAGAAUUUAAAAUUUAGAACUUCAAGCGCAGGCAUUACAAACAGCAGGGUACUUCUUGAUUUUGACAGUUCGGUUUAUUUAUUUUUUGUUCUUGCUUGUGUGUCAGUGUUGGUCAAAAUUUUAUUAUCAGCGGUGUGAAUCGGUUCAUGUCCGAAUAAAACAACAUUUUUAGGAUUUAAACGUUUUUCGGUAUUUUGCGGUCGGUAUGGAUGACAACGAAGAUUUAGAACAUGUAGAGGAGGACUACUAUGCAUUUCUUAACGUGCCACGCAAUGCUUCGCCAGAGGAAAUCAGCAGUGCCUAUAGGAACUUUAGUCGAAUCUACCACCCGGACAAGCAUGUAGACGUUCGUAAUAAAGAGAAAGCUGAGAUGAUGUUCAACCGGACGAAGAAGGCCUACGAGGUGCUAUCGGAUCCACACCAGCGUGCAAUAUACGAUUCACUGGGUAACAAGGGCCUCCAGACAGAAGGAUGGGAGCUAGUUCAUCGGACACGAACACCGGCCGAGAUCCGCGAGGAGUACGAACGCUUAGCUCGAGAGCGAGAAGAGCGACGACUACAACAGAAAACCAAUCCCCGGGGGAACAUCACGGUGCAAAUCAAUGCGACAGACAUCUUUAGCAAGUAUGAGGAUGACUACGAUGACGGAGGGCUAUUUCCGAUUAUUGAAGUCUCCGGAAUGAGUAUGUCUCAAUCGAUAGAGGCUCCGCUGUCCAGGACCGAUACAGCUACGCUCUCCGGUAACUUGCAUUUGCAGAAUGGAGUUGGAAGCGGAAAUUUUCUGCUUUCCGGUAGAAGACUUAUUAACCAAGGAUGGUUCGAAGUAGACUGUGGAGCAGGAAGCGGACCGGUGCUAGGUGUCAAAGCGUCUAGAAAUUUAACUAAUCGGAUAUUUUUGAACGGUGGUACAACCGUUAAUUUUAGACAAAAUGCCGUAAUUCCUGGCAUUGCUGGCACUCUUGCUGUUCAGUUGGAUAAACACACCGUUGGCUAUCUGACUUAUAAUGCUGGCUUACAGAGCUCCAUGUCCACAACAAUUGAACACAGCACAGACAAAUAUCAUUAUAAUCUAAGUGCUACUCUUGGAGUUCCCCACUGUUACCUCACUGCCAGCUACACUAGGAAACUUGUCGAACAGGAACUCAAAUUAAGAGUAGCUUUGAAAGGUGGAACGUUUGGGUUUUUGGCGGAGUACGGUGCGGAAAAAAAAGUUUCCAAAUAUAGCUCCGUUGUGGCUACCGUUAGUAUGGGAGUUCCUACGGGAGUGACCCUCAAAAUCAAAAUUAUUCGCUCAACACAGACGUACCUUUUCCCUAUCCAUCUUAGCGAGGAAGUUAUUCCAGCAGCAGUUUUCUACGCAACAGUCACACCACUGCUGGCUUAUUUCGUGGUGAAAAAGACCAUCAUCGAUCCGAUGAAUGAAGCAGCCAGGCAACGGAACAUCGAGAAAGGAAAGGAAAUCAACAGAACACGGAUGGCAGAAAAACGUCGCGAGGCAGAAUCAGCAAUUGCGCUGAUGGGUGCUUUAUACGAGCGAAUUCGCCGUGAAGAAGAAAAACGCAAAGGUCUCAUCAUAGUGUCCGCGCUGUAUGGGAAAUUCGACCCCGAAGAGAAUGUUGCAGUCGAGCAGCGUGACGAUCUUGGCUUCAUACAGCACAAUCCGAAUGUAAUUGAUGUUAAAAUUCCGCUGCAAUGUUUGGUCAAGGAUUCACGGCUGCAACUGUACGGUUCAACGAAGAGCGAACUGCCCGGCUUUUAUGACCCUUGUUUUGGAGAAGAAAAACUGCUACGAAUCGACUAUGAGUAUCAAACUAAGUCGUACAGUGUAACAAUAGCCGACAGUGAAGAUAUUCAAAUACCAAACAAUGGUAGCAUGUGAUGCUUCCACGCGGUUUACAUUUAAAGCAUUUUUUGUGCAGCGAUUGUAGAUCGAAACUAGAAGGUAGUAGCUUCCGAAAUGUAUUCCAUAUUGCAUUCCGUGCGGGAGAUAUAGCGCUGUAUGUCAUUAACUAGCGCAAUCUAUCCCAGGUUGCAAAUGUGUUUUAGUCAUAACAAAUUGCAGUUGAGCGGUUGAAUAUUAGUUCAAUCACGGACCCGAUUCUGUUAUGGCUGUGCAGCAGAGCGAACUGCCAAAAAAUAAAUCUGUUGAUCAGUUGACCUAUGAGAAAUUGUAU